AUUUCAGCUUGAAACUUAUCUGACAGGUUAUUUCUCUCAACCUUUGACCGGUUGUGUUUCAUACCUGAGGUUUCAUCACUCCCCAAGAGUCUGUCGUCGUCUAUAUGAGCAUGUUAAAGUUAUCUAUUGGUGAGCGACUGAAGAGCAAUAGGAAGUGCGAAUGACUCGUUUAAACCGAGUUGCUCUCCGUGUGUAAAGUUUUCUCUUGAAAAUUGAACCGCUUUAUGAAGGUGUUAUAAUCGUGCAGGCUAUAAGAAAAAGAUAGGAGAUGAGAUGCCAUCUAAGAACAUCCAUUCGCUUAGCGGCUGGUCUUUUCAUUUGUGCCAGUAUCUACCUCUACAUACGGACACAGUCAGCAAACCUGAAGAGCCAGUCAGUGACCUGGAUCUGGGAUAGAGAGACUUGGCCUGAACAGAUUGAGGGCCAUUACCUGCGUUUUAACGUCUCCAUUAAAGUUUUGGCAGGAAACCUUCAGCAGCCCAAGAAGUAUCUAACUCUGGGGCUUGCAUCUGUGAAGAGGAAAAAAGACAAUUAUCUACAAAGCACCCUUCAGUCAAUCUUCUCUCAAUCCUCUGAGGAAGAACUGGCUGAAAUGGUUGUAGUUGUCCUCCUUGCGGACUUUGACCUGAACUGGGUCCAGCAGACCGUUCGGAUGAUUCAGGAAAAUUUCUCCAAUCAGCUGUCUAAGGGUCGGUUGCUGGUCAUCCAUGCCAACCAAGAGAGCUAUCCUCCGCUUACAGGCCUGAAGAGGAACUUUAAUGAUGCUCCUGACCGUGUGAGCUUCCGUUCGAAGCAGAACGUGGACUACUCCUUUUUGCUCCAUUUCAGCAGAAACCUCUCCCAGUACUAUAUCAUGUUGGAAGACGACGUGACCUGUGCUAAGAACUUCUUCUCGUAUUUACGCCAGCACGUUCGAUCGAUGGGGUCCUCAAAGUGGGUCACCCUGGAAUUUUCCAAACUGGGGUACAUAGGAAAACUGUACAAAUCCAGCGACCUGCCUACUUUGGCUCGGUUUCUGUAUAACUUCUACCAGGAGAUGCCCUGUGACUUCCUGUUGAUACAUUUCCGCACCUUGUUGAUGCAGGAUAAAAUAAUUCGGUUUCGCCCAUCGCUGUUUCAGCAUGCGGGCACUUACUCGUCUUUUCAAGGCACGUUCAAUCGCCUAAAGGACGAGGACUUUGUCGAAGAGCUCGCCGAUAACCCUCCAGCAGACAUUAGUACGAACAUCGAGCAUUUCUCGACCAACACGCCUGAUAACGCGUAUAACCAAGAUUCUGAUUAUUUCUGGGGCAUGAACCCUAUUGGCCCAGAAAGCUACUUCACUGUGACCUUUCACAAACCUGCGCUGAUCUCCCGUGUGCGGAUACAAACUGGACUGGAAGGAAAAGAUGAGCUGUCCUCUGCCAUCGUGGAGCUUGGGAGAACUCUGGUGGAGAAAGAGACUACGAGGGAAUGCUCGGGGUUUGAAACACUUGGCUCCCUGAAACAAGGACUGUUCGAUAUGUCAGCUAUUGAAAAACUUGUGAACACAACCGUUUACUGUGUACGAAUCCAAGUCACAGCCGAACAACCGAACUGGGUCAUAAUAAACUACUUUCAGAUCUGGACAUUUAAGACUGAGAGAACUUACACUUACAAAGCCGACAAAAAUAUUGCAACAUAAAAUGUUUUUGAAUGCACAAAUGAAUGUCUCAUCAUAGCCGACCAAAAUGUACAUCUCUUGGCAAUCUGUGACUAAGUAUGCAAAGCUUCUAUUCUAAUGACACAGCUGAUGGUCACAGCAACUUACUAUAACAAAACAGUCCACCAUUCUGAGAAAAGGCAAACGGUGACCAUUUUCUGUGUCUUCUCUGUAUAGUUUUAAUGCAUUUAACAGGUAAUUUUAUGUAAAGCGCUUUACAGAGAAGUGCUAUAUAAAUGUUACAAAUUAUUAUUUAUCCAAAGCUACUUCAAGGUAUCCAGUUCAUUGUUUACUAUGUUAUCUGUUAACCAAACCCAUGACCUUGAUCUACCAAAUAAAGAAUUAUGAAGUAACAGUUUUAUAAAAGCAAUAAGCCCCGCGA